AUGAUAUAUAUAGGUACAUUUAGGGCUGGUGAAACUGCAACCAUUAAGGAUAAAGUACUUGAGAAUGGUGAUAAAAUUGAUAGGAAUAUUUUCCAUCACAUAGUUAUUGUCAAUGGAAAGGAAGGAAAUAGUCCCUAUGUAUCCACCGUGAUGUCGGAUUUUGAAGGAGAGUUUGAUAAUUGGAAGAUUUCCUUCACUCCCAUUAGGGUUGGAUUGUUCAAUGUGCUCAUUAAUGAAGAUCGAUAUAAAGUUUCUGACUCGUCGUUACAUUUUCAAGUUGAACUAGUUGAAGGGAACAUGUAUCCAUCUGUGUGUAUGGCAUCAUGGAAAGGGAUAAAAUAUGAGUUUGAAGUUGGUUCUAAAGUUACAAUCAUGGUGCUAUAUGUAUAUACUAUUAGAAAUAUUGUUAAAGUUGAAUGGAUACAGGUAUGA